UUCAAAAUCUUGACUUGUGCUGGCCAGAAGGGGCUCAAAAGGAGAAAUCCCACCGAUCUUAAAGCAUCACGUCACAGGACCGUUUAUAUAGAAAAAGUAGACCAAGAGCAUCAGGACCAGCAGUGGUACUUAGCCUUAGCAGAUCGCAGAUGUAACAAACUACAGUCAGUGAAGCCUUCAUAUGUCUUCGAAAUACUCAGUGGAGAGCAACUGUAACUGUAAUAUCACGUCUUGGAAAAAGGACCAGUUUCCCAACAACUGUCGUGCAAGAUAAAAACUAGAUUUUUUUUUUUUUUUUUUUUUUUUUAAAUAAAUAUUACAACUACAAGAAAGUUCACCGGUCUCUCUGUCCUAACUUUUCAUACAUGUGGGAUGUUGUAUGAUCCAAACACUCAUUGGAUUUCUGAAACGAGUUACAUACUUAAAAGUGGACAUAUCCAAAAUAUAUGCAGCAUAAGAAGGGAUGCUUUAAAAUUCGGCUAAGCGUUUUCCCACACUUCAUAAAAUGGUCUUUGCAAGAGGUGUGAAGAUAUGUUGUCUCCCCCCAUCUAAUGCGUGAUACCUUGGAUUCGAGACUUCUAUCUGAACUUCUAACUGCUUUCUGGAGAAAGCUUUUCAUUCAAACAGAAGACUUGGGGAAUAGAGGCACGCUCUCUCUAUAAAGAAGAGACAUACAUAUUUUCUAUUUCUAAGUACAAGACUAACAACCGCCCAAAUGCAGUUUCGACUUUUCUCCUUUGCUCUUAUUGUCCUCAACUGCGUGGAGUAUAGUCACUGUCAGUCAAAUCGCUGGAAAAGAAGUAAGAGAGCCAGUUAUGGACCUUACCCAAUAUGUAAAGGCUGCUCACAAUGUUCCAAAGACAAUGGAUGCCUAAGCUGCCAGCCAAAGUUAUUCUUCUUCCUUCGGAGAGAAGGCAUGAGACAGUAUGGUGAAUGCUUACAUGCCUGCCCAUCAGGAUACUAUGGUCUGCGAGCUCCAGAGAUGAACAGAUGCUCAAGAUGCAGAAUAGACAACUGUGACUCUUGUUUUAGUAAAGACUUUUGUACAAAGUGCAAAUCUGGCUUUUACUUACACAAAGGCCACUGCUUUGAUGAAUGUCCAGAAGGGUUUUCACCUUCGGAAAGCAUGGAAUGUAUGGAGGGUUGUGAGGUUGGCCCAUGGAGUGAAUGGGGAACCUGCAGCAGGAGAAACAAAACGUGUGGCUAUAAAUGGGGUCUGGAGACCAGAACUCGCCACAUUGUAAAAAAGCCACCCAAAGACACAAUGCCUUGCCCCACUAUUGCAGAGUCCAGAAGGUGCAGAAUGGCCAUGAGGCACUGUACAAAGGGACAAAGGAAAACACCAAUCAAGAAGAAGAAGAAAAGGAAGCUUCUAGAUCGGGCCCAGAAGCAGCACAGUGUUGUCCUGGCUACAGAGAAGACCAGCCAGUAAAACAACAAGACUCAACCUUUUACACAAAGAAAGUGCACACAAGCUGCUAGCUGCUCCUGCACACUAAUAAUGCACUGCGGUCUUGCUGCUUUGUCAGAAUUGGUGGCAAAUCCCUUGUGAAAACAAAAGUCCACAAAGCUUGUUUAUUUUGUUUAUACUUCAUUAUUUCCGGGAAGCACUGAAAGUAAUUUAUCAACACUGAAGUUGAUGUGGUUCAGUGAAAAAGGAGCUGAUUGUGCAUUAAAGACUUUAUCCAGUGCCCUGACCAAAUAAGCCAAAAAAUGGUGAAAUGUCUGGAAAAAAGGACAUAUAUUUAUGUAAAAGAAGAAUUUUUGUUGAAGGACAAGGACUAUUUCAUGUAUGGCCCUUAUAUUUCUUAUAAUGUACAUUUCAAGAGUAAUGUAUAUGAAUACCAUGCAGAGUUGCAAUUUAUUUUAUUCUCAGCACAAUCUCAGUUUCUGUCAAGAAAGUUGUUAAUGUAAAACCGCUUUAAGCUGUAAAUGUAUACUACAAGUGACAAUAAUAUUUCUUGUUGUUCAACUAGCAUGGCAGUCCUCAUGUAAAUAGUGCUGAGAGUCUACAUAAUAAUAAAACGUAUUACUCUA